AUGGUGUCAGAGCUUCACCCGAUUCUGGGGUUUCCAAUGUCAACACAAACAGUCUCCGUUUCAUUGAUUGAUUGUGGUGCUCGCCUCGACCUCCCGGCAGAUCAGUUCGUAUUUCCAAAUAUACAAGGCCACGAGCGCCUUCAAAUCCCUUCGUAUUCCUUUUUAAUAACACAUCCAUCCAAAGGCCGGGUACUGUUUGAUCUGUCUCUACGAAAUGACAUUCAGAACCUCGCCCCAGUCAUGGCGAAUCGUAUAAACAAUCCAAGUAUAGGAUGGAGAGUGGCAGUGACUCAGGACGUGCCCGACACACUGGUUGCGAAUGGAAUUGCACUACCCGAGAUCCAAUCGAUAUUUUGGUCUCAUCAACACUUCGAUCAUAUUGGGGAUCCGUCCAAGUUUCCGAGCAGCACGGAGUUAGUUGUCGGACCGGGAUUCACAGAGGCAUAUACCCCAGGGUAUCCGGAUAAUCCAGAUUCGCCGGUGAACUCGGCUGAUUUGGAAGGGCGUCGAGUAAUUGAGCUUGAUUUCGACAAUUCCGAAGAAUCUAUCUCCAUUGGACGCUUCAAGGCUUUUGACUGGUUUGAAGAUGGAAGUUUCUAUUUACUGGAUGUUCCGGGCCAUGCAGCUGGUCAUAUAUGUGGCUUUGCUCGUGUAAAACCGGACUCAUUCGUCUUAAUGGGCGGGAAUUGUGCCCAUCAUCCUGGGGAAUUCCGCCCGUCGAAGAUUGCCCCCGUUCCUAAAGAUCUUAUUCCUUUACAUGUAGCAGUACAUUCGAAACAGAUGUCUGUCUGCCAAGGGACCGUGACUGAAAGAAUCAAUAAAAAGCACGCGAUCGAACGAUCACCAGUCUACAAGGCUGCCACUAUGUUUACUCACGACAUUGAUAAAUACCAGUGGAGUCUGGAAGGUAUCCAAGAACUCGAUGCCUGUGAAAAUGUGCUCGUGAUCAUAGCUCAUGAUGGUGGAAUUUUGCCUGUACUACAACGGGCAAAUGUCCUUUUUCCAAAGGGAGAAUUGACCGAAUGGCAACAUAAUGAACUCAAGGAGGCUGUCAAGUGGGUUUUCUUGUCCGAUCUAGCAGUCCUUACUUGA